AUGGGGAAAGGCGGGAGCAAAGUGCUGAGAGAGACGUCUACAGACAGCGUGGAGCAGCAGCCUGUGCCAGCCGCUGUGGCCGGCCUAACCAAACCGAGCCAGAUGAAGGUGAAGUGGACCCAGCUGGGCCUGGUCUUCUUCUUGCUUCUCUCCCUCGUCAUGACCGGCUGCUUCUUGUGGCAGUACCAGCUGCCAAAACUACAGCCAGAUGAGAACGUGGAGAAAGACGCCAAAACUGAGAAGAUGUGCCCCCGCUUCCCUGAACCCGCCCCUCUGGAGCACCCCAUCCACCACCUCCGAGCAGCGCUGGAGAAAGUAGACGCACUCCUGAGAUCCAGUAUCCACGAAAUCAGCCUCCCCGCUUUGUCCGCCAUCGUUAUCUACAACGACUCCGUCCUGUGGACCGGAAACUUCGGCAAACGGAAUAGGACUGACCCCCGCUCAGGCCCACCUAACGAGUACACCAUAUACAGGAUCGCCAGCGUCUCCAAGCUGUUCCCCACGCUGAUGCUGUACAAGCUGUGGGAGGAAGGGAAGGUGGGCUCCCUGGACGACCCCCUGGAGAAGUACGUGGACAACUUCACCAUCAAGAACCCCCUGGGCCGGGUGCGGGACUCGGAGCAGAAGCACGUGACCGACGGGCUGAUCUUCCUGGACAGCGGCGAGGUGCCCAUCCGCUCCUCGUCCGUCACCCUGCGGAGGAUGGCCAGCCAGCUGUCCGGCUUUCCCAGAAGGCUGAGGGCCACCAACCUGCUCUGGAAAGGAAAAACUCAGGCCGCCCUCAACCUCCUGCAAGACGACGUCCUGGUGGCUGAUCCAGGCACCAAGUGCCACUACAGUAACCUGGCCUUCUCCCUGCUGGCCCACGUCCUGGGGGAGAGGGUCACGGGCGUGGACUACCAGCGCUGGGUGUCGGACAACGUCCUGGAGCGGCUGGGCAUGGAGGACACGGGCUUCGACAUCACGGCGGGCGUCCAGAGCCGGAUGGCGGUGGGCGUGUACGGCAGCGGGCAGCCGGCGCCGCUCUACGACCUGGGCUGGUACCGGCCGUCGGGCCAGAUGUACUCCACCACGGCGGACAUGGCCAAGCUGGCCAUGGUGCUGCUGGGGGCCUACCGGCACCGGCUGCUGGAGCCCGACUCCCUGAAGGUCAUGCUGACGCCGCUCUUCCGCUGCGACAAGAGCUACUUCGCCGACCGCACCGGCACGCCCUGGGAGGCCAGCGAGCAGCUGGGCUACGAGGUGCUGCGGAAGGACGGGGACCUGGACGGCUACUCGGCCUCCUUCUCCCUGGUGCCGCGCAUGAAGCUGGGCCUGGUGCUGCUCAUGGCCGGCACCAAGCCGCAGGACCAGGACGUGGUGGCCCGGACCUACGACCUGCUCAUCCCCGCCAUGGAGACGGCCUUCCGGGAGGCACGGCGCGUGGCCGCGGCCCCGCCCAGCCCGGAGCCCUACGUGGGCUUCUACACCUACGGCAACCUCACCUUCUACCAGAUCCGGGCGGGGCCGGACGGCGUGCUGACCAUGCAGCAGUUCGGGCCGCACAUCGAGAAGCUGAUCCCGGAGCGGUACCGGACCAUAAAGCUGCACUUCCUGCAGGAGCGCGUGUUCCGGGUGGUGUUCGAGACGCGCUACCCCUGCGUCUUGACCGUCAACUCCGUCUCCGUGUCCCUGGAGGCCCAGGACCGGCAGCUCUUUAACUUCUACGUCUUCGACAAGAAGGGCGUGGCGCCCGGCUUCGACGCGCCGGGCCUGAACACGUACAACGUGGUCCGGAUCCCCCAGAAACCCACCUUCGGCAGCUGA